UUACGAAGAAUAAACCAGCCGUUCUCUUAUUGAUAAACGCAUUGUUAAACCCUUCACCUAGUGACAACAAUGGCGAAUUCGGUCAGCGAGGAAAUGCAAAGAAUAAAAAAUAUAAUCAGUAGAAUGAGAACGGAAACUGACAUUAAGGUUAACGAAGAGCUCAUAGAUUCGGUUACAAAACCUGGCGAAAAUUGGGUUGGAGAAAUUUACAGUGUUAAGGCAAGUCGGUAUCAAUCCUCGGAAAAUCUUUUUUUAGUAAUAAAAAUUGCCCCCUAUGAUUUAACGUACAGGAAAAUGUUUAAUGCUGCCUCCUUGUUCCAACGUGAGAUAUACUACUAUGACAAGAUAAUACCGGAAUGCAUAGCAAUACAGCGAGAAAGACGCAUAGCAAAGAUCUUUCAUCCGUUCCCAAGGCACUACUUCUCGUCAAAGAAAGAUCUGGAGGAGGCUAUAGUGAUGGAUGAUAUGAGACAGAAGAGCUUCAUUGUCGGGAAUCACCGCCAGAUAGUGGAUUACGAAACCGCUCUUUUGGUUAUGAAGACCUUAGGAAAGUUUAAUGCAUUGUCGUUUGCAAUUAAAGAACACAAUCCGGACGUGUUUGAGGAAAUAAGGUUAAAUUGUGAAGACAACUUCUUGACAAGUCCGCCAUUGUAAGACAUGUUGAAGAGUGUUUGCUCAAGUUUGUCAACUCAAAUUAUUUCCACCUGUGGUUACGGAAAUGAACAAAUUGUAGAAUCACUAACAAAAUUUACUGAAAAUCUUCCAUCAACGUUUCCAAGACUACUAUUACACCCGGAGCACGUCGACCAUGGUGUUGUUACCCAUGGCGAUCCACAGAUAAGGAACUUCCUGUUUAAAUACAAUACCGCAUCUACCAUUCCAAAAGAAUGUUGCAUGAUUGAUAUGCAAAUCGGACGGAUCGGAUCGCCAGCAUUAGACAUCCUGUUUUUUAUGUUUGUCACCACGGAUAAAGGUCUUAGAAGAUCUCACUACAAACACUUGAUUGAAGAAUACUACAGUAGCCUGUCUACAUUUUUGCGAGAGCUGGGAUGCGAACCCGACACUUUGUUACCUUUCGGCGUUCUUCAGAGUCACUUACGUAUGUUUGCCCCCAUUGGGUUAAUGUUAGCGAUAUGGAUAGUUGGCCUAAAUUUUAAAAAUCCCGAAGACGCUCCCCAAAAGGACAACCUCACUGAAGAGUCAUUAACGAAUAAUUUUUCUACGGUUAAUGACGAACGGCAUUUCACAAGGAUUAAAGACUUGGUUGUUGAUAUGCUUGACUACGGAUACGAAUUCUGUUAAGCGCAAGAUAAAAGUAGUUUAACGUUGUAUAGUGAAUCAUG